CAAGCUGACAGAAGGCCUCGUAUGUAGGGGAACGAAGCGAGGUUUCCAGAGGCUCAGCUGGCUCAGUCGCCUACCGACCGCGGCGUCGAACAGAGAGGUGGGUUUAUUUGCUGAUCGAUCCUCGAAUCGCGUCGUUGAGUCGCGACGCGUCACAUCAACUCUUCUUCCUACGAGAACAGCCGCAGGAGUAAGAGAAAAGAGCCCUUUCGAUUGUUCUGAUCAAAUUAUUCUUACUCUCGUUCUUUGCCCUUUGUUCACGACGCCCGGCGAGAGAUCGAUUCUCAGAGUAGGAGGCUGCUUGGAGAGGCAAUAAAAUGUUGGCUAAUCAAGACAAUAUCGAGCAGAGUUGAUGAAGGCCUAUUCGUGAAGAGACGCCUAAUUGAACAAGAGAAAGGAGAGGAAACAUAUUGCUCGUUAACUAAUAGUGAUUCGAGAGUGAGGCGAGAAACACAAUGGAUCCUUACUCAUUAAGUGUGGAACGAGAGGCUUCGAAAAACAUCGAGGAGAACGAGCGAGAGUGCUUCAAAGACGCGAUCGUCUCGAGUAGAAGCCUCAACAAAGGUUUCGUCGAGCCGACGAAGCUUAAAAAUGCCAUCCGAGAGAUUGUCGCGUGCAUCGUCGCAGCAUCUUUCCACAUAGCAGUAGGCCUCACUAUGGCAUACUCAGCGACUCUCAUUCCUCAUCUCGAGAAAAAAGAUGCGGAGCUACAUGCCACGAAAGAGGAGACUUCCUGGAUAGCCAGCUUGGUCGUCAUAUGCGCGCCAUUUGGCGCUCUAUUGGGAGGAUUCCUGAUGGAGAUGAUAGGUCGAUUGAGAACUCUGCAGAUCGGCGCGAUUCCCAGCGUGAUCGGUUGGAUACUUAUUGCCUGUUCGAGCAAUAUACCGAUGUUGCUGGUCGGUCGUUUGCUAUCCGGGAUGUCAACCGCCCUGGCAACCUCGCCGGCGAUUGUCUAUAUCACCGAGGUGGCCAGACCGGAACUGCGUGGCUCAUUGAUCUCGUUCGGGCCGACGUUGGCGUCGUUCGGAAUGUUACUGUCUUACUUAAAAGGCGCUUACUUGGAUUGGCGACUGGUCGCCUGGCUCAGCAUCAUUUAUUCGAUUGUGCCCGUCAUUAUGGUGCAGUUUUGGGUGCCAGAAUCACCUGUCUGGCUCGUCUCGAAAGGGCGCAUCGAUGAAGCCAAGAAGUCCCUAGAAUGGCUUUACAAAAACGAGAAAUCACAAGGCAAAACGUCAGUGGUCGAGGCGCAUUUUACUACCAUUAUGAAAGAGAACGAAAUUAAAUUGAAUGAGCAACGGCGGAGCAAACACGGCAAUGUAUCCAACAAAUUGCGAGGGUUCUUGAAACCGACCGGAUGGAAACCCAUGGCGAUACUUUUCUUCUUCUUUUCGUUUCAGCAGUUCUCCGGAAUUUACAUUACAUUGUUUUACGCAGUGACUUGGUUCCAGGAAGUGGGCUCAGGUGUGGACGAAUAUUUGGCUUCGAUUCUGGUGGGUCUGACGCGUUUUCUAUGUUCCAUGGUGAACACUUGGCUACUUAGGCGAUACAAGAGAAGAGCGUUGUGCAUAAUUUCAUCGUUCGGGAUGGCCCUAUGCAUGACCGUCUCCGGCUAUUUUACAUUGAACAUCAAAAAUGGCGAUCGCAGCGGCUACUGGGUGCCGGUGCUCUGUCUGUUACUUUACGUGUGCACAUCGAUGGUUGGCAUGCUAACUAUUCCAUGGACUAUGACGGCAGAAUUGUUCCCGACCGAAAUCCGUGGGAUCGCCCACUCCAUCAGUUAUUCCAUGGCGAACGUGCUGAUGUUUGCCGCGCUGCAGAGCUAUCGAAGCUUGCAAGCUUUCCUAGGAGGAUCAUACGCGGUACAGUGGUUUUUCGCCGGUAUUUCCGUGGGCGCGGCUCUCUUUGUGUGGCUAAUGUUGCCGGAGACGCACGGGAAGAAGCUGUCAGAAAUUGAGGAGUACUUUCACAACAAUUUCUUGGCCUUGGGUGCGGAGACGAAGAACAAAAAGCGGCGAGCUAAAAGAAGAACUCAGCAAAAGAAAACGCCGGCGACCGAGCCGCUCAACCCGAAAACUGUGCAAAACGUUUAGGAUUAUUUCUUCUUUCUUUUAUCACGAUUUGUGAAUUUUGAAAGAGCUCGAGUGGUCUCUCAGAGAAAGUGACCAAAGUAUUAGAUAUUUAAACCGCACAACUGGCCGAUUCUUACAUGACCAAUUUUGUAAUCACGUUACCGCGUAUUUAAUUGCGCACGAAAUAUUCGUUAUCCGCUUAAAAUGCUGUUUAAAUACUAAUGAUAAUAGAAUUCAAUGUUCGAUGUGAAUCAUAUUUAGCGAAGAAUAUCCGGUGAGAAUAUUCGGAGAAGUGUUUCUUCUGAAAGGACAAUAAGUAAAGAAUGGAAAAAAAAAAGAAAAAAAAAAGAAAAAACAAAGACGAAGGAUAUUUCUCCGAUGACUGUUUCACGCCGGACUAAAGCUGAUAACACACAUCGCGAAUGUAUACAAUGUUAUUAUAUAACGAAAGAGAGGAAGAGAAAGAUAGAGAGAAUAGUAUCUUGCAAUUUGCGAAAAAUAUACGUAUAUGUUCUACGGUAAGAGUGUCCACGCAUAGUACUUCCAUUUCUUUUUUUCCUAUAAAGAUUUCGCGCGAGAGAAUCAUCGUUACAGUAUUAUGAUACCGAUCUGAUGUCGCGGUAGAUAGCUAGGUAGAUUAUUGUCAUAGAAUGAUUAUAGACCGCGCGAUAAGAAGAUUCUCUAUUUCCUUUUAAAUAAUAUUAUCACUCCAGCCGCAUACCAUUUUUCUACAGUAGCAUAAUUGUGCGAUGGAAAAACAAAAUAGAUGAUAUAUGAAAGAUAAUAUAGAUAAUAUGUGUCGAACAUGUAAUGGUAUACAAUCAUAUACAAAUGUCGGAGACUCGCAAUAAUUGCAAUUGUGCCGCUGAACUUUAACACUUCGCAAAAGAUCAAGAAUAUACAGCGAUGGAUUUGCAAUAAUUUUUUUCGACCGAGUCGAACAAUUUCUUCGCAUCGAGUUUCGACGAGCUUACUGUAAUGUGCAAAAUCGAAUGGAAAAUUACGCGGACGAUAAUGAAUUAACUAAUUACCUAAUUGAUUCGUUCGACUUCGAUCGUGUUUGUCCACACGUGGCGUCGUUUACUUACAAUUAGAGCAAAUAUUUGAGUAUGUUCGAGGGAUACUUAAUUUAGCGUAUUAAACAUUACACUUACUUAGACGGAUUGUUUGAGGAGAAAUAGCAAAAGUCAUCAUAAAGAUAUUGCGGAAAAAAAAUGUUUACAUUUUAUUUUCUAAUAUGCAGAAAUAUUUGAAUAAAAAACAACAAUGCGAAAUAUAAUAA